GCCCAAUUUUAUCUGGCCCAAGAUAUAAAUCAGAUAAAUUAUUUAAGACGGAGCCAGAGAUAUGAAGACGAAAAAGAUAAUUUGAUGAGAUAUAUAAAUAUUGACAAGGGCCCAAAGAUAUAUUUAGCGGGACCGAGGCAUAAUUCACUGUCUCCCACUACCUCAUUCCUUCCUCCUACUAUAAGAGGAAGCUACGGAGAGGAGAAGGGACCAAGGGCCAAAUUCCUACAACUUCCUACUACUAUAUAUUCUUCAUUCUUCUUCUUCUUUAAGUCUGGAGCUCCAUUAAUGGCUCCAAGCUCCGAGAUUAAUAAAAGUAAUUUCAUUCAAGGUGAAGUACUUAGAUCUGCUUUGAAGAAAUUUGGAGAAGCAAAGUUGAGGAAGGCAGGAGAUUUAAUGGCGACUUGCUUCGAGCACAAAGAUUAAUAAUCCGCCGUUAACCAUACAACUAUGCCGUCCGCAUUUAUAUGCAUCAUCUUCCUCCCUCUCUCCCCACUCCACAGAUUAUCCUUCUGUCUAUCUAUCUUUAAAUCUCCCCUCCGCUCAAGUUCGAAUCCGUAUCUCUCCCAUUCUCAUCCAAUGUCCCCUAUUCAUUCCCCCCUAUAAUUUAUUCUCUGCUCUGCUUUUAAUUUCUUCCUCACCACCCAUCACAUCGAUCUAUCUCCAGAAUUCCAGACCAGUUUUGAUUAUUUAUUUAAUUAAUUAAUCUGGAUCUUCUCAAACCCCACCUUCUUCCUUAAUCGCACCAUUAUAAAAACCUAAUCAGCAUGUAACUCUGAUUAAUCGCCUUUUUUUUUACUCCCCCCCCCCCCAAAAAAAACAAAAAAAAAACUGUUUAGUAAUUAGUUGUGUUGUCGGUUUAAUUCAUCUGCUGAGGAAGAGGGACAUGCCGGAAUCUGAGGGCGGAACUCCGACGGCGUCGGCGCCGGCGACUCCGGGCACGCCGACUCCGCUAUUCACCGCCCUCCGGGUGGAUUCGCUGUCUUACGACCGGAAGUCGUCGAUGCCCCGGUGCAAGUGCUUGCCUUUCGACGCCCCCACUUUUGGGACGCCUCACUCUUGUCUCCUCGCCGACUUCCCCGCCCCGGACGUCUCCCUCUCCCGUAAGCUAGCGGCGGAGUUCGUGGGAACAUUCAUCCUCAUAUUCGCCGCCACAGCGGGACCCAUAGUGAACCAGAAGUACAACGGCGUGGAGUCGCUGAUCGGAAACGCCGCCUGUGCCGGGCUUGCCGUCAUGAUCGUCAUCCUCUCCACCGGCCACAUUUCCGGAGCUCAUCUCAACCCGUCCCUCACCAUCGCCUUCGCCACGCUCCGCCACUUCCCGUGGGCCCAGGUGCCCGCGUAUAUAGCGGCACAGGUGUCUGCGUCCAUAUGCGCCUCCUUCGCUCUCAAAGGCGUCUUCCACCCCUUCAUGGCCGGCGGCGUCACCAUCCCUUCUGUCGGCACCGCCCAGGCUUUCGCCCUCGAGUUCCUCAUCACUUUUAAUCUCCUUUUUGUCGUCACCGCCGUUGCUACUGAUACUCGAGCGGUGGGAGAACUGGCAGGCAUUGCAGUUGGAGCUACCGUUAUGCUGAACAUCCUCGUAGCCGGGCCGUCGAGCGGUGGUUCGAUGAAUCCAGUGCGUACACUUGGGCCGGCAGUGGCAGCCGGGAACUACAAGUCAAUAUGGAUAUACCUCGUGGCACCCACACUCGGCGCCCUCGCCGGAGCCACCAUCUACACGGUGGUUAAGCUUCGAAAAGAGGAUGCACCCGUCAGCCACCCCAGGAGCUUCCGUCGCUAGCUAGCUAGCUAAUUAUCAGGCCGCUCCCGGCAUAUAUCCUUCGGAUCGGAAAAGCAUAUUGUAAAUAUAUAAUAAUAUUAUUAUUAUUUACCAUCCAGUGACUUCAGGUUGUGAUUCCUACCGGUACGUUGUGCAUGCUAAGGUAUGUGUCGUCGUCCUCUAAUCAGAAUAAAUUUGCAUGACAACACCAUCAUGUAAUCGUGUGUCAAUAAUGAAGUGCAGUGUGUGUGCUACAUACUCAAACUAUUCACUUGUGAGAUUCUGUGAUAUAUUAUACUGUACUCUAUGUAUGUAAAUUGUGUUUCCAAAUUGUCGACUUCAAUUUACCU